AUGUUUCAAGGUUUUGGUCCUCCUUCGUUUGUUCGUGGAGGUUCUUCUGCUUCUUCGACAACUCAAAGGAAGGUUGAUAUUCAUAAACAGUUAUUUAAAAAGAGGAGGGAUGAUGGAGUGGAUGAUUCCGAUGAUGACGAAGAAAUGAGAGAAGUUGAUUUGGGAAUUAAUAUCAUGGAUGAUCAAGAUUAUCAAAAUUAUACAAAUUCGAGUGGAGAGGAGGAGUUUGAUGAUUCGGAUGGUGAUGAUUAUCUACCUAGAGGAAGAGGAAGUUUUAUUACUUUAGAUGGUGAUGACGAUGAUGAUGACGAUUACGAUGUGGAAAGAGGAACUUCCUUCUCAUACUCUUCAACAAACAGAAAUAGGAGCGUCAUGAAGAGGUUUAAUUCAAAACCAGCAAAAAAGAGUAAGAGAGGAAAGAGAAAUACAAUUGAUGAAACUAAAAUGCUGAAAGAAAGACCUGAAAAAGUGGAAUGCACACUUACUGCCUUCUUACUUGUAAUCAUUUUGAUGUUUCUACUCAUUUCAGGAUUUAUUUCAAUAUAUAGAACAGAGACUGUAAUUUCAAAAGAUGACAAGGGUCUACCUAUUCAUAAGGAAGUUGCUACUCAACAAAAAGAUACUGUUCAUUCACAUGGACAUAUUUUGAGAGGCAAGCAUCAACAAGGAAAUUCAAAAAAGACUGUCAAAUCAAAACACCAUUCAAUAAUUUCUAAACAUGUCAACUCUAAAAAUCAUACUUCAUAUUUCGAACAAAUGGACUCGAUACUGCCAGUCAUGCCAUAUGAUGAAUUUUUAUUUCAAAAUACUCCAAUAUCCAACUAUAGAAUCUAUUCCAAAGAGAAAAUUAGUGUUCACAAAUUCAAUAAUAAUCAUUUAGGAAAGGAUACUCCUCUAGUUUCUGUAAUUACUACUUUUUCAAAUGAAGAUUCCUUCAAGAACACACGAGACUCAAUAUUGAGACAAACAUUUAGAUAUUUUGAGUGGAUUAUCAUUGUAAACCAAGGCGAGCCUCAUGAUAAGAUAUUAAGGUGGCUCUCUAUCAAUCCAACAGUGGAAAAAGAAACACCAAUAGAUAUUGGAAAAAUGUACAAAACAAACAAGAUUUCUCUCAUCUUUUCAAAUGAGAAGCAAUCACAAGGAAUGCUCAAAAUUGUAGCAUGUAAAUAUUUAGCAAAAGAAUCGAGGUAUUUAACAUUUGUAGAGUCAGGGGGCAUGAUUGAACCUUCUUUGCUUGAGAAAUUAUUUCUCUUCUUGGAAUUCCAAACACUCUCCACAUCCACACCUAUUACUAUGGUGAAUACAAUGACACUAGAAUUUGAUAAGAUGAAAUUCUUCAAUCUGUAUCGAGUACAGGAGUCUGCCCAAAUGUUAACACAAAAGAACUUGUUCCAUUCCACCUUUAUGAUUGAGAAACAAGUUUUUGAAAAAUUAGGAGGAUUUAAUUCUAAUCCUAUGGAAUACUCAUUAGUUAUUUGGGAUUUUUGGGUGAAAUAUAUCCAAAAAGGCUAUCGUUCAUGGACCAUUCCAGAAGUUUUGCUUUGGCACAAUAUUCAAGGGAAGGAAAAGGAUUCUGAUAGAGUAACCACUGAAAAGUCAGAGGAAAAGAAAUUUAUCAGCACACAUCUGAAAAAGAGAUACAAGACCAUGUUUGAGGAGAAGGCAGCAAAAGAGCUGCAAAGCAGAGGAUACCUCACUACCAAAGUUAAAAUUCCAAACUCAAAGACAAUUCUGAGGAGACUGGCUCAUGAUCGUCACAAAUUCCACAAGGGUAAAGAUAGAUCAAUCAUUCUGGUCUCAGAAAAUUUAAAUGACCCAAGAAGAAGAGAAUUCAUAGUUAAACUCAUGGAAUCAUUUAUAUUUGAGUACGACUGGCACGUGGUUGUAAUAACUACUGACACAGAAGAAUCAAAUCAUGCCUAUCGUGCAGAAUUGGAAAGAUAUUCGACAGAUAUUUUCCAUCUGAAUCAUUUUGUUGACAAAACUUUGCCUCCAGAUGAACAUGUACUCUCCCUACUAAUUCAAUAUGUCAUUUCUACAAGACAUAUUCAUAAUAUUUUCAUAAUGGAAAGCAUUCUUGGUUACAAGUCAUUAUCUUUAUUACCUCCUCAAUUGAUGGAGUUUACUAGAGUUUUGGAUUAUAUUUACACAUCAAACACCAACAAGUACAUAACUGAGAGUGUAAAACAUAAUGAUCUCGUUUACAAGACCUUCCUCUCUUCUCCAGACUUGACUCAGUUAUCAAGUCUUAUUGAAAUCAAAUCUGAGAAGACUAGUGUUCUGUAUCCUUCAUUGGUCAAUUUGGCAGAGUUCCGUGUCAAGCCAUCUGAUAAGAAGCUCGACUAUUUGGUGAAUGUUAACGAAGAAGACUUUACUCUUAUUGGUUCGAAAGAUAUUCUGAAUUUCGACGAGAAUUCAAAGGAUUUGAUAAUCAGUUAUUGGAUUUCAGAUGAGGACAAGAGUAGAUGUGAUUCUGAUGUCUUUAAAAUCAUCAAAUAUAUUUUGGAGAGCGAACAUCUUGAAAGAGUGAAAUUCCUUCUUCUCACCGAUAAGAAAUUAUCUUACAAUCUUGACAUUUUCCCUGAGGACAGAAAUGAAAAGGAAUCUAAAACUCAUAACACCAUCAAACUAUUCUCAAUGAUUGAAGAGCUCACUUCCAAACAUCCUGAUAGAAUCCUCUUUGUCAAGCCAGGAAAGAAGGCAAGUAGUAGAACUCUCAAAAAGUACCUUCGACUCUUCUCUCCCUAUUCUCAUGUGAAUCUAUUUAGUGACUCGUGUGGUGUCCAAAGCACUUCACAAGUUUCCAUUCCACCAAUUGUAUUUCAAUCAAUGGCCACACAGAAUGCAAUCAUUGCCCUGCAUCAUCAACCAGACACAACACUGGAAAACUUUAUCAACAAGUUCAAGAUUGGCAUAUCUGUUGGAUUGUAUAAACCAGACGAUGAGCAUACCAUUAUUGAAACUCUACAGAAAUGGCUCAAAGAUUUGGAAUCUUUCAACACCAUUCGAACAGCAAACAUUGAGCUGAUUUACAACCUUUUCAAUGUCCAUUCCGUGUCCAACAUGAUCCACAGCCAAGCUAUGCAUUAA